CUUCCAUUUGGUUCUUAAACCGUAACCGGUUUCCGUAAUGAAUACCCGUCCUCACUAAAACACUGGGCGGUGUUGUUGAUCUCAAACCGGCUAGUUGUGUUGCUUUAUCGGAAUGACAAUGUAGGAUAUGUUUUAAAUCAACGUUUUAAAGGCACUAUACCCUUGGCUCAAAUAUGCUCGUUUGAUAUUUUAAAGUCUACUGCAUCAGGCUGGAUACAACACUACUCAUGGAAGAUGUUGAUGAAUUUCGGGACGACGUCAUUCCGGUUAAACCCAAUCCAGUACUCGAAAAAUGUAUUGUAUUCAAAGUAUACAAGAGGAGAUGGUUCAUUCUAUUCGUGCUGUGCUUGCUAAAUUGCUCAAACUCCAUAUUAUGGCUGACCUUUGCUCCAGUGGCAGACCAUUCAGCCCAGUUCAUGGGUGUCACCCUGGACCAGAUCAACUGGCUGUCCAUCAUCUACAUGGUGGUGGCCAUUCCUCUCAGCUUUGGGACCACAUGGAUGCUGGACACCUUAGGACUCCGAAUCACACUUGUGCUGGGUUCCUGGCUCAACAUGUUGGGAGCUGUGCUGCGUUACGUGGGCAUCAUGAGGAGCCUACCAAGUGCAGCCAAUUUCCCCGUGGUGAUGGGGGGCCAAACCCUGUGUGCCCUGGCCCAGCCCCUGGUUAUCUUCACUCCCACCAAGCUGGCAGCCCUCUGGUUCCCAGAGCACCAGCGGGCCACCGCCAAUAUGAUAGCCUCCAUGUCAAAUCCCCUUGGGAUUCUCAUUGCUAGCAUCUUUUCCCCUAUGAUUGUGGGGACUACCAACAACAUCGCUUUAAUGCUGUUCAUAUAUGCUGUACCAGCAGCCAUUAUCUGUCUCCUAGCAACAGUGGGGAUCCGUGAUAGUGCCCCCCCAACGCCCCCCUCAGCCAGUGCCGAAAGCUCCAAUUCAGAGCCCUUCCUGGAGGGAAUCAAGCUGCUCCUGAGGAACAAGGCCUACAUGAUUCUCCUGCUGUGUUUCGGCUCGGGGAUCGCUGUGUUCACCUGCUUCUCUACACUGCUGGAGCAGAUUAUGUGCGUCCGAGGGUACACUAAUGACUUUGCAGGACUGUGCGGGGGUCUCUUCAUCGUGUUCGGUAUAGUCGGAGCUGGCUUCCUGGGUCUCUACGUUGACAAGACCAAGAAGUUCACAGAGGUCACCAAGGUCAACAUGAGCCUCUCAGCGCUGGCCUGCAUUGCCUUCUCAGUGGUAUCUCAGAUGCGGAAUCAGGGAAUAGCCGUGGCCGUUGCUUGUUCGCUCUUCGGCUUUUUCGGCUUCUCCAUUUACCCGGUUGCCAUGGAGUUGUCUGUGGAGUGCUCCUACCCGGUUGGGGAGGCCACCUCAGCAGGCCUGAUAUUUAUAUCAGGACAGAUCCAGUCAGUUAUCUAUAUACUGCUUCUUCAGGGGUUGACCAAACCAAUGGCCGACUCGCCCUUCUCUACCUGUUCUGCAGGAGGUGAUGCGGCCUUGAGUUGGACGGUGCCCGUGCUGGUGAUGGCAGGCCUGUUCAGUGUCUUUACAUGCUGCUUCGUUAUCUUCUUCCACACGAAGUACAGGAGACUGGAUGCUGAGGCACAGGCUGGUGGAAAAAUGCCAACUCUGACAACCUGUGACAGCACGUCAAACUCUGACCCAAAGUAGGCACAGGCCACGGGUUAACUGAGCUGUUUUGAGAUCACUAUGUCACUGGCAUCAUUUCAGAAGCACGCCAAUUCUCACAGGAGGCCAAGUGUAUUGACUUACCAUUACAUUCCUUUACAAAUAAUAUUUAGGUUUUCGGAAUGUAACUGAAAGGUAAUUUCUACCUUUGCUAUACUGCUUCAUUCUCUAGUCCCAAGUGAAUGAUUACAGUUUUUACAAUAGCGAUAUUUAAUAUUGCUUAAACGGUGGUGGUAAACAGUGAUCAUAAGUUACUCAAUUUGAAACGGGGCUUUACUUUUAUACAGGUAUGCACUAAGAUGAAUAGCAUCUUAUGCACCUUUUAUACUGAUGCGGAGCAGAGUUGAGGUCAUUUCGGCCCGGUCUGUUAAAUUGGACGUGAAAUGUAUGCUGCAAAAGUAAUCCAAUACCUGAAUUGACUGGAAUUUUGAUGGAAUUAAACUGUGAUGGUGGUGGACAUGUA